CGAGGGUAUUGAAUCGCAGCGACGACGGUGUUGUUCGAUCCGAAAAUUCACUGAUUUUCUCAAUAGUUUUAGUAUUUUGAUGAUUCUUUCAACAAAAAUAAUCUCGUAUAACUGAAUAAUGUAGUAGGUUUUCGGAAUCUCCAUGAACAAUGUAAUCGAGCUUAGUAAUGGGAAUUGGUGAACUAAUGGACGGGUUUAUUCUGAUUUAUAAUGAUCAUAACUUCAGCCUUACAUUGUAUAUAUGGGAGAAAGCCCGGAAGCUCAUAUUUCUGCCGUGGAUCAACACCACAAUCUGCUAUUGUCAGCAAUCGGAGAGGAGAAUGUUGCCAGAAAAUCCAGAAUAUAUAGUUAUGUGAAGAGCUUUAAUGGGUUCGCUGCACGGCUGCUGCCCCAUGAAGCUAAGAGACUAUCAGAUGAAGAUGGUGUUAUAUCAGUGUUUAAGAGCACUCAGCGCAAGCUUCACACCACAAGAUCAUGGGAUUUUCUGGGAAUGACAGAGACAUUGAAGAGAAAUUAUAAGCUUGAGAGCAAUAUCAUUGUGGGCGUCUUGGAUACUGGAAUAUACAUGGAAUCUCCCAGCUUCAAUGGAGAAGGAUAUGGACCCGCCCCGGCGAGAUGGAAGGGCAAAUGUCAAAAGGGUGGCAAUUUUACGGGCUGCAACAACAAAGUCAUUGGAGCAAAGUACUUCAAUCUAGACAAUACAAUGCCAGCUGAGGAUCCUACUCCGGCUGAUGAGGAUGGCCACGGAACCCACACAGCCUCCACUAUUGCCGGUGUGCCUGUCAAGGGUGCAAACGUUUAUGGAGUAGGAAAAGGCACUGCUCGUGGGGGUGUACCAUCUGCGCGGAUUGCUAUGUACAAAGUAUGCUGGGGAACUGGCUGCUCUGACGUAGAUUUGCUAGCCGGUUUUGACGAUGCCAUCGCUGAUGGGGUGGACUUGAUAUCAGUAUCAAUUGGAGGGACUUCAAGGAGUUUUUUUCAAGACCCAAUUGCCAUUGGAUCAUUUCAUGCAAUGAAGAAGGGCAUAUUGACUUCUUGCUCAGGAGGGAAUGAAGGACCUUCCACAUUCACAGUUCAAAAUGUUGCACCAUGGAUCUUGACUGUUGCUGCUAGCAGCAUUGACAGGAAGUUUGAGUCACCUGUCAAGCUGCACAAUGGCAAAAACUUCUCUGGGAUUUCUGUUAAUACAUUUACACCAAAGAAGCAGAUGUACCCUCUUACAGAUGGAGUUCGUGCAUCCAACAUGAGUGGAGAUAGCUAUGGAAAUGCCAGUGCCUGUGACUACGGGACUCUAGGCAUGGACAAAGUGAAGGGGAAGAUUGUGUUCUGCCUAGGGAACAAUGGCCAGGAUUCUAUUAUCAAAGAGCUAGGAGGGGCUGGAACAAUAUUGGUCCCUGAGUCGUUGGAAGAUAUUGCCUUCAUCCCUCUUAUUCCUGGGACUUCUGUCAGUAUCAACAAUGGGAAAAGAAUAGAUCAGUACAUCAACUCUACCAAGAACCCUCAGGCUGUCAUAUACAAAACAAGAACUGUGAAAAUGACUGCUCCAUUUGUGGCAUCUUUUUCAUCUAGAGGACCUCAACAACUCAGCCGCAACAUCCUCAAGCCUGAUAUUGCUGCACCAGGACUGAACAUAUUAGCUGCAUAUUCAAAACUGACAACAAUCACAGGGCUGCCAAGUGACAACAGAUAUUCAUUAUUCAACAUAGUAUCAGGAACAUCCAUGGCUUGCCCUCACGUUGCUGCUGCUGCUGCCUACGUCAAGUCCUUCCACCCUGACUGGUCGCCCUCGGCGAUCAAGUCUGCGCUCAUGACCACAGCAACACCUAUGAGAAUCAAAGGUGCAGAUGCAGAGCUGGGGUCAGGAUCAGGCCAAAUAAAUCCGUUACAGGCAAUACAUCCUGGCCUUGUUUAUGACAAUAACAUGAGUUCUUACAUACGUUUCCUUUGCAAGGAAGGCUACAAUAGCACAACCAUUGGGUUACUUCUUGGUGGCAAGAAAAAAUAUGAUUGCUCUAGCUUCAAACCUGCACAAGGAACUGACGGCCUUAAUUAUCCAUCCAUGCACAUGCAGCUCCAGAGCCCGAAUUCAAGCAUUUCAGCCGUGUUUCACCGCACUGUGACUCAAAUAGGAUAUGGAAAUUCUAUAUACAAGGCAAUUGUGACAUCGCCCAAGGGACUCUCAGUCAAAGUUGUGCCAGAUACUAUGGUAUUCCGUCGGUUGCACCAACAGCGAAGUUUCAAGGUUAUUGUGAAGGGUGAUCCAGUGCGAGAUGAGACGACACAAGUUUUGUCAGCAAUGCUUGAAUGGAAUGACUCUAAGCACAGUGUUAAGAGCCCCAUUGUUAUCUACAGGCCAGUAUUUUAGAUUUAUUCAGUUUAACAUAAUUCAAAUUUCUAGAUUCUAUAGAGCUUAGACUUGCAGUUUAGUACUAAACUUAGCACUUUGUUCGUUCUUGCAAAUCAAGACUUGUGAAAAUGAAUACCGAAAAUACCUUCCACUAUCUUCGCACUUGUACAGGGCCAAGAUCUUUAGUCCCCAAAGGUUGACAUUUACCUUAGCAACUGCUAGAACAGAAUAUUGAUCACUGUUCAACUCGGAAUAAAGGGAUGGCUUCCACA